UAUUUGCUUUUGAAAUUGGCAAUAAGAAAGAGAACUCACGUUGUAAAACGCCCCUUGAAACACUCAAACGAGCUGAUGAUACAAGCGCGGUUCUGCGUAAUAAAUGGAAACUAAUAAGAGAAAUAGACUCUGACUCGGCUUAAGGCAUCCACGACCACGAGUGAAUCAAAACUCUCUCCAGAUCUCAACGGUCGAUACAUAGAGAUGGAGGUUGCAGCAGCAUACCCUUAAAACCCCGUAUGACUGACGCUUGUGACAACAAGCUCCCCCACCCACCCUUCAUAAGCUCAUCCCUCUCAAGGCCUUAAUUCCACUCGAUCAACAGAAGUAAGCCAAGAGAAAAGAAACUGAGACUGAGACAAUGGGAAUGUCUAUGAUGAAAGGCAAAGCAACGUUUUUCCUGUUGCUGCUACUGCCGGUGUUCUUCUCCGUAGGAUACGCAAGAGAAGAAGAAAGAGGAGAGAGAGGGAGAGGAGAGAUAUUCUUGUUGCAGCAUUCGAAGCAAGUCUUCCAGACUGAUGCUGGCCAGAUGAGAGUCGUCAGAGGACUCAGAACAAAGGGUGUGGAGAGCCCAAUGCACAUCGGCUUCAUAACCAUGGAACCAAACACUUUUUUCAUUCCUCAGUACAUUGAUUCCAAUUUGAUCAUCUUCGUUCACGAAGGCGAAGGGAAGAUCGGACGGAUCUCCCACGGUAGACAACUGGAGGAGGGGCAAUUGAAGGUGGGAGAUGUCUAUAGAAUCCCUGCUGGUUCAGCAUUCUACCUGAUGAACAACGGCAAGGACCAGAGACUCCAGAUCAUUUGCGGUAUUGACACGUCCGAGAGCAUCCAAAGUGGUCUCUUCCAGUCGUUCUUCAUUGGUGGAGGAUCUUACCCCAGAUCUGUACUCAGAGGGUUUGAUCAAACAACUCUUGCAGCGGCAUUUAAUGUUUCAUCGAGCGAAUUGGAAGAUAUCUUGAUCGGACAAGAAGGCGGGCCAAUCAUAUUCGUCAAGGACGCCGACCACCUGGACAGAUGGACGUCAACGUGGACGGAGCUCCUUAAAUCUGAGUACAGACACAGAGGCGUUCCGUCUACUACUGCCUCGUACAGCCUCUACGAUAGGAAGCCUGAUUUCAAGAAUAACUAUGGAUGGAGUGUUGCCGUUGACGAAGAAGAUUUCUCCGCUCUCCGACACUCUGGCAUUGGCGUUUAUUAUGUCAACCUCACUGCGGGAUCGAUGAUGGCGCCACACGUCAACCCAACGGCGACAGAGUAUGGGGUUGUGUUAAGAGGAUCUGGGUUGAUCGAGGUUGUCUUCCCGAACGGAACCACUGCGAUGACCGCAGAGGUAGAUGAAGGCGACGUGUUCUGGGUGCCGAGGUACUUUCCCUUCUGCCAGACUGCAUCCAUGAUUGGGCCCAUGGAAUUCUUUGGGUUCACCACAUCGGCCCGAAAAAACCGACCCCAGUUCCUGGUGGGGGCCAGCUCCAUCCUCCACACCAUGAGCGGCCCUGAGCUAGCUACGGCAUUCGAUGUGAGUGAAGAGAGGCUCCAGAAGCUGAUCGACGCCCAGAGAGAAUCGAUCAUCCUCCCAUCUACACCUGCAGUCCCAGAAAAUACGCAGCAGCAACAAGCCAACAACGGCCGAAGAAAUCUGGGCUUUAAUUAUAGCUAGAACAGAGGAUGAGAAAGCUGUGGUUCCCUCUCUCUCUCUCUCUCUCUCUCUCUAAUCGUUGAGUUGUGAAUAAGAGGAAUUUUUUUUGUAUUUUCACCGGGACUCUCGAUAAUCAACUAUGAUGAAUGUCUAUGAUGGUUAGAUCAGUUACGCCGAUCGACUAAAUAUCAAAAUCAAGAGAGUGAUCUCAGAUAUAAGAAGAACAAUAAAACGUUGCAAAAUCGAAAAUAUUGAACUCUACAAAAUAGGAGAAAAUAUUACAAAGU